CGUUCCUCCACUUCUUCUCUACUCGUUCAAUUCCAAUGAACAUCAAAUUGUCCGCGUCCGGAAGAGCCAAUCUGAAGAGCUUCUCUCCUUGCGAUAUCUCCCUCAAUUGCUCACACCAAAAUCACCAUGUUCCUCCUUUUCCUGUAUGAAGCAAAACAUGUGAGAUCGAGAAGAGUCGGAAUGUUGGUAUUUCAGAUGCAGAGGAACCACCCACUCUAGCGAAGUUUUUGUAGUGACGGUGAAGACGGUAGCGUGGCUUGUGGUUUUCGGGUAUGACGUGCCUCCCCUUCUCGUGCAGCACGAGAGCCUCUUCCGUGGGCACGAGAAAAGGGAGGAAGGAUGACGGGAGAGAAGCCGCCGAUGAGUUAGCGAAAGAAGCAAAGAAGAACCACCAGUUGGUGAAGAGUAAUCGUGAUAUCCUUGCUACUGGGUCGAAUGGAAUUGCUUCCUUUUUUUCUCAGAGGGGGAAGAAGGGAAUUAAUCAGGAUUGCUUUGUUGUGUGGGAGGGAUUUGGGUUUCAAGAAGACAUGACGUUCUGUGGUAUGUUUGAUGGGCACGGUCCAUGGGGGCAUUAUGUGUCAAAGCGAGUUAGAGACUUGCUUCCAUCUGCUUUGCUUUGCCAGUGGCAGAAAGAUCUUGCUUUGGCUGCUGUUGAUUCAGGCAUGGACUGUGAAUGCUCCCAAAGCAAUAUCACUUUUGAUGUAUGGAAGCAGUGCUAUUCGAGAACUUGUGCUCUUGUCGACAAGGAACUCGACCGGCAUCAAGGCUUCUAUAGCUUUUCUAGUGGAACAACUUCCUUGGCCGUUAUCAAGCAGGGUGAUAUGAUUGUACUAGCGAAUGUGGGUGAUUCUCGUGCUGUUCUAGGCAGAACUUCAGAAGAUGGCAGCAUAGUGGCAGUUCAAAUGACUGUUGACUGUAAGCCAAAUGAACCACAGGAAGCGGAGAGGAUAAGGCAAUCCAGAGGGGAAGUAUUCUGUUUACCUGAUGAACCAGGUAUUUACAGGAUAUGGUCCCCAACCCAUGAAGCACCUGGCUUGUCGACAUCUAGAGCCUUUGGUGACUACUGUCUUAAAGAGUAUGGAAUUACUUCUGCCCCAGAAGUGACACAGUGGCAUAUUACAGAAAGAGAUAAGUUUAUUGUGCUAGCUACCGAUGGGGUAUGGGAUGUGCUCUCAAACCAGGAAGCAGUGGAAAUUGUUUCUUCAGCAGAACAGAAGGAAACAUCAGCAAAAAUAUUGGCGGAAAGUGCAGUUAAUGCAUGGAAGCGCAGGAGACCAGGGUUGUGCGCUGAUGAUUGUUCAGCCAUAUGCUUGUUCUUUCAGUCAUCAUCCCCGCGAAGACAAAACAAUCUGGUGGAUGGUGGAACGAAGAACAAGGGAAUAGUGAGUCCUGGUGGGUUGGUUGCCUUUGGCCGCUAGGAUCCAUCUUUGUUCUGAUGCAUCGCAAAUCUGUAGAUACCUUUUCCCAUUUCCUUCCAAUAAAAUAAUUCACGGUCGUCAUUCUCAA